UCCUGCGAAGACGUAGCUGCGGGUGGCUGUGGUGGCGGCGUCCAAGAUGUCGACUAAGAAUUUCCGAGUCAGUGACGGUGACUGGAUUUGCCCUGACAAAAAAUGUGGAAAUGUAAACUUUGCUAGAAGAACCAGCUGUAAUAGAUGUGGUCGGGAGAAAACAACUGAGGCUAAGAUGAUGAAAGCUGGGGGUACUGAAAUAGGAAAGACACUUGCAGAAAAGAGCCGGGGCCUUUUUAGUGCUAAUGACUGGCAGUGCAAAACGUGCAGUAACGUGAAUUGGGCCAGAAGAUCAGAGUGUAACAUGUGUAAUACUCCAAAGUAUGCUAAAUUAGAAGAAAGAACAGGUUAUGGUGGUGGUUUUAAUGAAAGAGAAAAUGUUGAAUAUAUAGAAAGAGAAGAAUCUGAUGGUGAAUAUGAUGAGUUUGGACGUAAAAAGAAAAAAUACAGGGGGAAGGCAGUUGGUCCUGCAUCUAUUUUAAAGGAAGUUGAAGAUAAAGAAUCUGAGGGAGAAGAAGAGGAUGAGGAUGAAGAUCUUUCUAAAUAUAAAUUAGAUGAGGAUGAGGAUGAAGAUGAUGCUGAUCUCUCAAAGUAUAAUCUUGAUGCCAGUGAAGAAGAAGAUAGUAAUAAAAAGAAAUCUAACAGACGAAGUCGCUCAAAGUCUCGAUCUUCACAUUCACGAUCUUCAUCACGCUCAUCCUCCCCCUCAAGUUCAAGGUCUAGGUCCAGGUCCCGUUCAAGAAGCUCUUCCAGUUCGCAGUCAAGAUCUCGUUCCAGUUCCAGAGAACGUUCGAGAUCUCGUGGGUCGAAAUCAAGAUCCAGCUCCAGGUCCCACAGGGGCUCUUCUUCCCCACGAAAAAGAUCUUAUUCAAGUUCAUCAUCUUCUCCUGAGAGGAACAGAAAGAGAAGUCGUUCUAGAUCUUCUUCACCUGGUGAUCGCAAAAAAAGACGAACAAGAUCACGGUCACCCGAAAGGUGAUUGGUGAAAACACUAAACAACCCUGAGCCCAGGGCCAACCCCUCGGAACACCACUACUUUACCCAGGUUGAUAUAUUGACUUAUUCAUAUUAGCUGCAUGAAUAUAACCCUAUAACUAAUUGUACAAUCAUCUUGUGUGACCUAGAUUUCCAAAACGUAAUUAUUUAUGAAUAUAUAGUCUCAUACACAGAAGCCUUGCUGUAUUUGUUUUACAUAUAGACUUACCACACUAUAUAGUGUAUCACAGGGAUUGAUUUUAGUCACACUUCCAUUACCAAGUUUAUAUGCCUUUGUUAUAUAUUAUCUGUAAUUUUACACAUUUUUGCAAGGCUUUCCUUCAUUAUCUUAAAUAAUUGAGAGGUGGCUAUAUCUUGAAAGGAGAAGAUACUUGUAAAAUAUAGAGAAUUUUAAAUUACGGUUAUGCUAUUACUGGGCUCACAUCCCACAUCUGAACACUAGUUAAUUUUAUGUGUAUAAGUUUGUAUCUUAUAUUUUAAUUAUUCUUUCUGUCAGCAUAAUGAGGUUUUAUUUUUUAUAUUCUCACAGUCUUAUGAAUGAAUGCUGAUAACAGCUCUAGCUUACUAGAUUAUCUGCUUUCUCCAUUAUGUCUUACAGGCACCACAGGUCAUCUUCUGGAUCAUCCCAUUCUGGUUCCCGUUCAAGUUCAAAAAAGAAAUAAUGUAUUAAAAUUUACAUCUAAAAAAAAAAAAACAGUACAGUGCAUGAAGCAUAUUUUUUAAGGAGUUGGUGUCUUACUUGGUCAGAAGUGCUAAAACUGCUAGUAGAGGUGCAUGCCUUUCAUUGCUUUUCACAACAAUACAGCUGUGUUUAUUUGUGAAAUUAAAAGUAAAUAGUAUUUUAAGCCAUAAUGUCCUAAAAUAGAUACUCUAUUUAUCAUUCAUUAUUUACAACUAUUUCAUUUAAAACCAUUUCAGCUGUGACAGAGUACUUUGUUUCCUAAUUUGAACUCUUGUUUUUUCAUUUUGGAAUAUGAACUAUUGACUGAAGACAGGAUAACCUAGGCUUGCCUGAACUUUGGGCAUGGAGGCAAGACUGUGGUAAAGUAGUUGGAUACAAUCUGUUUAUGUUAAUUGGGAAAAGGAGUCAACCUGUUCCUAUGAAUCUAUGUCAAAGGGAUUCCUAUCACAAAAAGUAAAACUAGUUGAAAACAGCCAACUGGAAACUUUCUCAUUUUGAAAUUCCCUAUGCUGAGGGUGCCUUAGAAUCUUUGUCUCUCUUUUAUCCAGUUUUACUUUUUUGUACCACCACAUUUAAUGAAGAAAAAAAAUCUUGUGAAUUUCAGAAGGAAAGGGGUGUUAUUCAUUUUCCCUUUCCUGACAAUAAUUUUGAGCAAAAAUGUCAAACAGGUUCCUCUCUUUACUGAUAUUGAUGAGAAAAACAUCCAUUUCAAAAUGUUUUUAUCUUAAUAUUUUAAGAAGCUUCAUGUGAUAUCUUUUAAAAACCCGGUUAUCACAUAUGGUAGUAUCGAUAAAGUUAAGCCGUAGUUAAUGAGGAACAAAUUGAAGUAUAUUUCUUUGGGUGAAAGAUCAGAGAGAUUGUGAAUUUAAAUGAACAUUAUUUGCCUUGAGAUGUUCAAACACUGCAUAAAAUUUUCUUCUGAGUAACAAAUGAAUGCUUAUUUCUGCAUGACAUGCAGAAAUACUUAUUGUUCCUAUUCACUUGAAAUUACUUAUGGCUUAAAAUACAGAGUUCGUUUUAUUUCUCAAAGUCUGGUCACUUGAGCUACAUUUUGUCCUCUGGUUUAAAAACAAAAAGGUUUCUUCUCUUAACAGUAUCUUCAGUGACAAUGCAAGGUAAGUAUGUUAAGGGAAAUCGACAAAUUGUGCUUGGGGACUUUUUGUCAUGGGGAUCAGUACCCACAUUUUGUUUUUGUUUUCCUUAAUUUUAAAUUAUUGUCUACUGCAAUUAAAAAUUUUAAAGUUUUAAGGUUAUCUAGUAGACAGACCAAACAAAAUUAUUUGUUUUUUACUUUAAAAUGAGUGAUUUUUCUCUUCAGCUGAUCUAAAGAUGAAAGCAAAAUAUCUUAUGUAGAAGUAUUUUGAUAAUAUUUUUACAAUGAACUUCCCCUUGUUUUUUUAUGUCUUAAUUUUCUUUGCUGCAUUUACUGUAGGUUGCACAAGAACUUUUACUCUCUUGUAUUGUGCCUCAGACUUCUUGAAAGUCCACCUUCUAAAUUUGCCCAGAUGAUCUUCUAGAGUCUACAUGUUACCAUUGGUUUAUUCUUGUGCUUUCUGUAUUUGAAACUUUGGCUGUACUAAGCAAAUGCAAGGUUAUAAAUUUAGCUGAUAGUUUACAGACAAUUCAGAUGAUUAUGAUUUCAUUUGGUUUAACUAAGCUGUACUAGUUCAUUUCAUGAAGAAAUGAUGCUGUAGACAAAUGUAAAUAAAGCUGUGAAUCAAGCAUCAAGUGGCAUUUGUGAGAAAUAAAUUAGAAUUUUUAAGCUCUGA